AACCGUCGGGACGCAAGGAGGGUCCUAGGGAUCAAGGAGUAAUAAUACGUACUUCGCAUACCCAUUUAAGGGACGUUCUGAUGGCAGAUAAAAUCUACCCGCCACCGCCGGGACCACCUCCCGGCUAUACAGAGGGCCCUCCGCCUCCAUAUCACAACUGGCAGGAGGCAGUUCCUGACACAACGGAAUAUCCGCCCCCGCCAAUAUCAGGCAACUACUACUCUAAUGCUGGCAAUGCCUCUGCCGAUGAUGCAGAGCGCGCACACAAUUUCUGCAACAGCACUCCACUGUAUCGACCGGUCCAACCGUCUACUGUUGUAUACAACUCUGUUCAAAACUAUAAUAUAUCACCGGUCCUGCCGGCAGAGUUCCGCGGGAACAUCUCUGGCCAUCACGGCCGUUGGAAGGGAUCUACCAGAAACAGAAAUAGUGAUUGCGUCCUGCUAACGAAUCUACCGAUCUAUUUUGCAUUGGUAGACUCGCCGUUUGUGACGGAGAGAAAAAAGACUAUCUAUUAUGAAGUCAAACUGCUUGGUCUUCGUACAGGGCCAACACCGAACGAUGCUAGCGGGCUAUCCAUCGGAUUCGCGGCGCAACCGUACCCUACCUGGCGAUCUCCGGGCUGGGAGAGAGGCAGCCUUGCUGUCUUCUCGGACGACGGAUGCCGUUUCACAAAUGAUUCGUUUGGUGGGAAGGACUUCACGGAUCCUUUUAGAGUGGGGGAAACCGUGGGUCUUGGGAUGACUUUUGAGCUGGAGACCCCAGUCUCACAGCCUACUCAAAAACUGAGCGUCAACAUUUUUUUUACUCGGAAUGGCCAGCACGCGGGCGGAUGGGAUCUGCAUGAGGAGGUUGACGAAGAAGCCGGUAGCGUUGAGGGCCUGGGGGGUGAAGUCGAUUUAUACGGGGCCAUUGGGUUAUUCGGGGGAGUUGAUUUUGAGAUAUGUUAUCAUCCAGGGGGUUGGCUCUACCGUCCGCAGUGAGCAGCUCGGGUGAACGCCAUAUUACUGACAACGAAGACAAAUAUUGAUCCUCGGGUGCGGUGCAAGUAUAGACCGUCACCGGCGCAAUGUAAAACACCGAUACCAACUCACGAUGAACGCUCCUUGCUUUUCCAAUUAGAAUUCCUACCUCGAAGCUAGCUUUGCUUCUGGGGCGAGAAGGUUAUGCAAUGUACCUACUGCAGUUUGCAAUAUUGAAGAUUACCGUAGAC